CUAAGUUGGUAGAACUGUGUGGUUUUUUACAUUCAAAAUAUUGUUUUAUAUAUUUAACUAAUAACGGUUUUAUUUGUAUUCCACAGACCUUUUAUUUUGUAUUCUGUUUUAUUUUAUAAUGGAUAGUGAUCCAGAUUUCGUAAAUGUUGCAAUUCGAAUAAAGCCAGUCUCAAAUACAGAACAGCACUGUUUAAGAGUACUUAGUAAUGAACCACCAGUUUUAUUACUAGUUGAUCGAUCUCAAACGUUUGUGUUUGAUAAAAUAUUUACAGAAGAAAUAAGCCAAGAAACGAUCUAUAACGAUUCAGUAAAACCAUUUGUUGAAUAUGUUAAGCAAGGUUUCAACUGCACUGUUUUUGCUUAUGGACAGUCCGGCACUGGAAAAACAUAUACCAUGGGCACUAACGAUAAUGUGUCGAGUGAAGAGGAUUUUGGGUUGAUUCCAAGAGCCCUGAACCAUUUUUUCGAGUAUAAUAAUGACGACCACAAUGAAAUUGAAAUAUCUGUGUCUUUUAUUGAAAUAUACAAUGAAAAAGUAUUCGACCUGCUCCAGAGUGAUAACCCACAAUUACAAGUUAAAGGUUUAAAGGCACAAGGUUUCAGUCAAGAAAAAGUAUUUAAUUCCUAUGAAGCUAAACACUUUUUGAAAAUGGGUAACAAAAAUAGGCAUACAGCUGGUACAAAUCAAAACCUCCAGAGUUCUAGGUCUCAUGCAGUUUUUACUAUUUACUGCAAUGUUAAAAACAAAGAUCGACAGACAAGUGCCAAGUUAAAUUUAGUAGAUUUAGCAGGCUGUGAAAGUGUUCGCAAAACUGGAACCUUUGGUAGUACCUUUCAGGAAGGCAUAAACAUCAACCGAGGCCUCCUGUGUAUUGGCCAAGUUAUGAGUGCGUUGUCCAGCAAUGCUAAUUUUAUUCCUUAUAGACAAUCCAUUAUUACAUCUAUUUUACAAGAUUCAUUAAAUAAACAAAAUUUCGUCUCGCUAAUAGCUUGUAUUAGUCCACUUGCUGAUGACUUCACAGAAACUUUUCAAACUCUGGAGUUUGCUCACCGUGUUAAAAAAUUCAAGAGCAAACCUGAAGUUAAUGAAGUUAUAUCACAAUAUAAGUCAGAUAAUCCCAAUUUGUUCCAAACCAGGGUAACUACUCCUUUUAAAAGACCACCCCCGAUGCAGACACCAAGACCUACAAAGAGAGUGAAACAAUUAGGAACAAUAGCUGAGCCUAAUCUGUCAAGUAACACUGCAGACCAUAGUCACAGUUCAAGUGUGGCAUCUUCAAUAUCGAGCACUUUACGGUCAUCAGUGGGUUGUUCUGAUGUGACUCAGCAGGCUUUAAGUCCAGUUAUAAAGAAAUACAUGAACGCUAUGGAAGCUUCACUUAUGGACAAAUUAGAGCUGGUUAUUAAGAGUACAAUAAAAAGACCUAGCAGAGGAACGGUUUUGUUAGAUGUAUCUAAGGCAAAGACAGACGAAUUUGGAACACCAAGUUUACCUUGGAGCAAAAUUCAACAUGAGGUGUCAAAAAUUGUGAAAUCGGAAAUUGCCCAGUUGACUUUAGCAAAAAGUGUAAGAGCGACCAGUAGUCCGAUUGGUGAACAACCUUUGGAAAAUAUAAAAAAAAUUUUGAACUAUGACGAUAGCUCAUUGAGUGUGCACCUUGACGAAGAUAAUGCUACUGAUAAUAAUGAACAUUUCAAAUUCCCUAAAAUACCCCUACAAAAGAAUAUAUCAAAGAAAAAAAGCACACCUGAAUUUUCUCCAAUUGAAAACAUACCGUUAGUUCCGAGAAGAAGUACAAGACUUUCAAUGAGAAGGAUGAGCCAGAAUAUAUCAACCACUUUAAAAGAUUUUGAAUUGACAUUUGAAUCAACAUACUUUAUCAAUCAGGGGAUUAAAAAUCUCGAAAGGACCCUCAGCGAAAACAAAGAAAAUUCUGAAGAAUAUUUUGAGUACGGAAAUAAGAGAAUGAGUAUUUUAUUAAAAGAUAGAAGGCAAGUUAAUACUAAGAAUAGCAACAUCGGGGCAAGAGCAAAUAAAAAGUUAUGCAUUCUAGAUACACCGGCAGGAAAACGGCUGCUUCCAAGAAAUAACAACGACAGUCCUUGCACAUCCCAUACCAAAGGCGUCUUGAAAACCUUAAAUUCUGGUGCCUUAAGGGAGAUUCAAAGGUUGCAUACAGUUGGACCAAAGUCGGCAGAACAAAUAAAUCUGUUUAAAAAUUUAAAUGGAAAUCUGAAUAAAAUAUCGGAUUUAAAAAAAAUACCAGGAUGGGGCAACAAAAAAUUUGAAAGGUUUGUUAACCAAAAUUUGCUGAAGAAGGAAUUAAUUUAAUUAUAAGUAAAUUUUAUACAGUUAGUACAAAUGAAAAUGUUUUAUGUUUUGAGUAAAUUAUGUUAGCAAAUUAUGGACAACUUUUUUUCAAUUCAGGUGGAAUUUUUAACUAUAACAUUAUAAAAUUUCGCAUAGAUUUAAAUGUUUUUUUCGCCCUUAAAAUUGACGCAAAAAUUACACCAACUUUAGAUGUUUUUUUAUUGAUGUUAUUGUUGAAAAUAUUUAUUGUA